AUGGAUCAUGCCAAUUCGAAUCACGAUUCGGCAUACGCCCCUUCUGCAACAACGGCGUUUUUAUAUUUCCCGGCCAACGACGACAACGACGGCGAAGACAGCAAUACGACGGCGUCGUCUCAGCCACUGCAUUCCUCUCCAAAGCUCCCUCCGAGGCUUCGUCGUCGACUUCUCGAGCCGAAAAGCAGUUCUCCGUCAACCACCGCAGAAGACAUUGAAAACAAGCUCAGGCACGCGCAGCUCCGGCGAGAGCAAUUCUAUGAAUUAUUAGUGAGCAGAGCACGUCCAAAAUCUAGAUCUUCAGGAUGGUCAACUUUGCAAGAGGAAGGUCUUGGCCAGCGACUGGAAGCUAAGCUUUACGCAGCCAAACAAAAGAGAUUGAGCAUCCUCGCAAGUAUUCGGAAGCGGUUGUCCAGAAUUAAUGAACUGCGACAAGCUGCUAAAAAUGGAUUGGAACUGCGUUUGGACAAAGAAAGGGAGGCUUUGGGUGUAAAAAUUGUGUCACGGGUGCAGAAAGCCGAAGCAAACCGCAUGCUCCUUCUAAGAGCACGUAAGCAGAGGAAGAUGGCGGAAAAAGAGAGAAUCGUUCAAUCGUUAAUGAAAAGGACAAUUCAGGAGAAAAAAUAUAAGGAGCUUGUGUGGGCUAGGAUCCGCUGUAAACGUGCUGCUGCUGAAAAGAAACGUUUGGGGGUGUUGGAGGCACAAAAAUCUAGGGCGCGAGAAGUUGUAUUGCAAGCUCAUUGUAAAGCUUUUGCUGUGAAAAAUAAGCAAAUGAUUGAGAGUGGGGUGCGUAAGAAACAACUGGAAGCUAAACUUCUCAGGGCUAAGAGGCUCCGGAUGGAACUUCUUAGUAGGAGAGCGAAAUUACGCUGUUCAGCUAACUCCCCUUCUGGACUGGUUGACCCUGCUCUUCUGGCAAAGAAGCUCGCCAGGUGUUGGAGACAGUUUGUGAGGGACAAAGGAACUACACUCUGUUUAGCAAAAGCGUAUGCCGCCCUGGAAAUCAAUGAGAAGGCUGUCAAGUCGAUGAUGUUUGAGCAACUUGCCUCAAAAAUUGAGUCUAGUGCUACUAUCAGAACUGCUAAAGCUUUUCUUGAUCGUCUUGAGUUGCGUAUCAAAAUUAAACAAGAGGUUGACCAUGCUGAUAAUCAGUUUAGAAUGGAAAGGAUAGAUCAUCUGCUUAAACAUGUCAUAUCCCCUGGUAAAAUAAAUGUUAGAAGGACUGAAAAGACAGGCUCUAGAAACAUAAUCAGAAGCCAGGUGAAAUUAUCUAGGUACCCAGUUAGAGUUGUUUUUUGUGCGUACAUGAUAUUGGGGCAUCCGGAUGCAGUUUUCAGUGGAAGGGGGGAAUAUGAAAUUCCUCUUGCUAAAUCUGCUAAGUCCUUCGUGGAAGAGUUCGAAUUGUUAAUCAGAAAUCUACUACAGGGGCCACGUGUGUCUUCACUUGAGGAGAUGUCUUCUCCUGGAAGCCGUCUUUCCUUUUAUUCUCUGUUGGAGAAGUUCGAUAAAGCUUGGUGCAUUUAUCUGAAAUCCUUUGUCGCCUGGAAGGUUCAUGAUGCUAAGUUGUUGGAAGAGGAUUUGGUUAGAGCUGCCCGCCAGCUAGAGCAUAACAUUAUGCAGAGUCAGCAGCAAGCUACAGAGGAUAGUGGUUACCCUGAGGGCCGCAUAAUGGUCAACUGUGACAAGGUGAUUGAAAAUGAUAAGUUUGUUGCAGAAAAUGUGCAGCAGUUGGAUGCUUUAGUUUCAGUUUAUUCGUCUGAGGGUGCAACAAUCAGUGAUCCAAGGGAAGCUGCUACAGAAGUCCGUCCUGGAUUCCAGAAGUCAUCCGUAGAUGAGUUUUUAAGUGCACUGAAUGGGCAGGUUAUAGAAAAUCAUGUGCCUCAGGGCGCAGCUGCUGUAGCAGACAAUGAAGUGCUUGUGAAUGAAAUUGUUCAUGGACAUAAAAGAAGCUUGUUUGAUGGUUACAGUAUCACUUCUGAGGACAAAGAAAAUGUGAAGAAACUUAUUCGAGACGCGAUGGAACAAGCAUUCUGGGAUGGUGUUUUAGAAAGUAUACAGCAGAAGGAGCCUGACUAUAGCUGGGUCCUUAAACUCAUGAAGGAGGUUCGAGAUGAACUGUGUGCCUUGUCACCUUCAAGUUGGAGUGACGAAAUUGUUGGAAUGAUUGAUAUUGAUAUUCUAUCACAGGUGCUUAAAUCAGGUGUGGUUUACAUGGAUUAUCUGAAAAGAAUAUUGGGCUUUGCAAUGGUUACAUUGCAAAGACUUUCUGCUCCUGCAAAUGAAGCAGAGUUGAAGUCCACACAUCAGAAGUUACUAGAAGAGUUGAAUGAAAUUUCUCAAGCAACAGAUUUUGAUACCGUGUUUGCACGUUUGAUAAUUAAGGGUUUACAACUUGUUUUGCAGCAGAUUCAGAAGCUCAAGCACGAUGUAAGUAAAGCACGCAUUGCUAUUUUGGAGCCUGUUAUAAAGGGACCAGCUGGUUUGGAAUAUUUGAAAAGUUCUUUUGCGAACCGCUUUGGAGAUCCUACUGAUGCUGCUGCCUCUUUACCGUUGGUGAUGCAAUGGUUUUCUUCUAUGGUGGAGGAUUAUGAGAAGGAAUGGAGGGAGUAUCUUGAUGCUAUUUCAAAUCUGUCUUUGCCUGGUCCUUCGCCUUCCACUCUUCGCACUGGUGGUAGCAUCUUGAAGGAAGUAAAAGUUGGUAGCCUGCCAACAGGAUCUGAAGAACUGGAAUGCAAGGGGGAGAAAGUUGAUCUUCUCCUGAGGCUUGGUUUGCUAAGGCUUGUGAGUGAAGUUGAUGGGUUGACAGUUGAAAAGCUACCAGAGACUCUUAAACUGAAUUUACUUAGAUUGAGGGAUGUCCAGUCUCAGCUUCAGAAAAUAAUUGUCAUCAGCAGCAGUAUCUUGGUUCUGCGUCAAACCCUUUUGAGCGAGAAACUUGUGACCAACUCAACAGAAAUGGAAAACACAGUCUCAAAAUGCGUCAAAGAUCUCUCAGACCUGCUGGAUAAUUCAGAAGAUAUUGGAGUAUCUGAUGUAAUAGAGGCGAUGAAUUGUUUCUCUGAAGGUGGUGAUGAUAUUGACAGAUGCCAAACAAGGAAAGAAUUGAUGGCGAGGAUGUUAGCGAAGAGCUUGAGAGCAGGAGAUCCCAUUUUCAUGCACGUGUCACGCACUGUUUACUUGGCCGCUCGAGGAGUUGUGCUUGGUGGGAGCGGAAUGAAGGGUAAGCAGCUAGCAGAGACUGUUCUCAAACGAAUUGGGGCCUCGCUUCUGACUGAGAAACUGGUAGAGGCUGUGGAAGAGCUGGUGGUGACUGCUAUAGUUUCUGCAAAGGUUCAUCGGCCUUGGUAUGAGCAAAUCCUUGUUAAUAUAUAG